GUCUAUCAUCAUACAGCCGCUCCAAUGAUCAGCUCAAUCUUUCAAGGCUAUAUGGCCACCUGCUUUGCAUAUGGGCAAACAGGGUCAGGAAAGACUUUCACAAUGGGCGGACCAAUGUCGGGACCCAACCUAUUGCCGAUGGUAGAAGAUGGUGUUUACGGUAUGGUCGUGAAGGAAUUAUUCUUGACAUAUGAAAAAUGUGGCCACAAUUCGGAUUUCACUAUAAGUGUGAACUACUUUGAAAUCUACUGCAACAAA